AUGAAGGCGUACAUCUCCGAGUACCUUCCUUGGCGCGCGCCGCCCGUCCUGCCAGACACAUUUAACAAUUUUUCCGACUUGAGCGCGCACACGCUUGCUUUGGACCAACGACUGUACAACAACGCAACGCUGCCGCAGGGCGCCACGUACUUCACCGACUGGACCAACGACGUGCAAGUGAUGCGGCAG